AUGGUAGUGGGGGACAUCUCGCCAUCUUUGGCAGAAUUAUCAGAUGUGCUUUCAAAAUCUAGAGGAAAGUCAUACGCUCCCAAUUUAGUCGCUAUCUAUAAGGAAAUAUCCUCCGAUCUCAUUACUCCCUCCGCCGCAUACCUCAAAAUCUCGGCGCAUUCAAAGUCCGACCAUUCCUUUUUAUUCGAGAGUGCUGCUACAGAAAAGGUUGGCAGAUAUAGUUUUAUAGGAGCUGGGCCUCGAAAGGUACUCAAAACUGGUGAAGGACAUGGCGAAGAAGUGGACCCAUUGCCGGCGCUCGAGGCAGAGUUGUCAAAAUGCAGGGUAGCGCAUAUUCCGGGACAAAAACUACCACCUUUGACAGGAGGAGCCAUUGGGUAUGUCGGAUAUGAUUGUGUCCGAUAUUUCGAGCCCAAAACUGCACGACCUAUGAAGGAUGUUCUCAAAGUGCCCGAGUCACUCUUUAUGCUGUUCGAUACCAUUGUCGCAUUCGAUCGAUUUUUUGGAGUCAUCAAAGUUAUUACAUAUCUUUAUGUUCCAGAAGACUUUACACAAAUUCCUGUAGAGUACGAAAAAGCACAGGAGAUCAUUGACGAAGUUGUGUCCGUUCUCGAAUCGCAAGACACACCGUUACCUGCUCAACCACCUAUAAAGCUUGACAACGAAUACACUUCAAAUAUCGGCAGGGAAGGUUACGAGGGGCACGUCAAAACACUCAAAACUCAUAUCAAAUCUGGUGACAUUAUCCAAGCAGUACCUUCACAGCGCUUCGCCAGACCAACUUCUCUCCACCCCUUCAAUAUAUACCGUCACCUACGUACAGUGAAUCCCUCACCGUACCUCUUCUACGUCAAUUGCGGUGACUUCCAAAUUGUAGGAGCUUCCCCCGAGCUUCUUGUCAAAGCCGAAGAUGGCCGUGUGAUAACCCAUCCUAUCGCUGGUACCGUUAAACGCAACCCCGAUCCUCAAAUCGACGAGGCCCUUGCCGAAGAAUUACGUAGUUCCCUCAAAGAUCGUGCUGAACACGUCAUGCUUGUUGAUCUAGCACGUAAUGACAUCAACCGCGUAUGCGAUCCCCUGACCACCCGCGUAGAUCGAUUGAUGGUUGUUGAGAAGUUCAGUCACGUGCAACAUUUGGUUUCACAAGUCUCGGGGGUGUUAAGGAAAGACAAAACUCGUUUUGAUGCAUUCCGUUCCAUCUUCCCGGCGGGUACUGUAUCUGGCGCACCAAAAGUUAAGGCCAUGGAAUUGAUAGCUGAAUUAGAAAAGGAGAAGAGGGGUGUAUAUGCAGGCGCAGUCGGAUAUUUCGGAUACGGAAGUGUAGAUGCUGAUGGAAAUGAGUUCGAAGGAGAGAUGGAUACAUGUAUUGCACUAAGAACCAUGAUGGUCAAAGAUGGGGUGGCCUACUUGCAAGCUGUGCACGACUCGAACCCCUACGACGAAUGGAUGGAAACCAUGAAUAAGCUCGGCGCUAACAUGCAAUGUAUAACCGGCGCCGAGAAAAUCUAUUCAAAUAUCCAAUUCAAAUCCUCACCUGAGGUUAUCACUGGCGAUAAAGCACCGUUACCCGAAAGACCAGAGGAGAAGGCUCAUAUUGAUUUUGCUGCUGGAUAG